UAAACCCUCGUGAUGUAACGGCACUCUUUUAGUUUGGGCUCAGUCAGUGCUUCACAGCUGCUGAGUUGUAAGGACAGAUAAAAAUGUGGCGGAUUUGGUUGUUGAGGUGCAGGUGGUAAAGUUGUAUCUUUGUCUUAAGGGACGUUUCAUCAACGUUUCCGGAACUCGUGUUUAGAGGACCUCACGCGAGCUCAUCAUGAAUAUGCACUUUGAGGGAUCCAGCAACGUCACGCUGUUGUUUAAUUUCUGGGAUGUGCGUGGGCCUGCAGGGAUGGUCCUGUCGGUCUUUGUAGUUCUACUGCUCACGAUGCUCUACGAGCUUCUGAAAGUGUGGAAGAUCACUGUGGGAAAACGGAAGCACUCCUCCGUUACACAUCCAUCCGCUCCAGUGUCAUUCUCUCCUGAACAGUCGUGUUUCGCCCCUGUCAUGAGGUGUCAAGAGGGAAGCUCUGCUCUGGCCAGCAGCCCCUCCGAGAUCUCAUUAGCUCCCACAGAGACUACUACGGCCACUGCUGACACCACCGCCUCUCCUAAGAAGAGCUGGCUUCUGCACUGCCUCCAGACCGCCAUACACAUCCUGCAGGUGACGCUAGGCUACAUGCUAAUGCUUUGCGUCAUGUCCUACAACGUGUGGAUCUUCCUGGGGGUCAUCAUGGGAUCCGUCUUGGGCUACUUUUUGGCUUUUCCUCUCCUGAAUCAUAUUUGAGAAGAGAUGAAGGAAUGGAAAACAUUCAUUUUAAUUCACUAAGGAUUCUAGAUGAAGAGCAAUGGGAAACCAAGGAUUGGAAAAUGCCAGGAUUGUGUGCCCAUGAUCAGAGUUGUGCAUUUUCAACGAUAAGACGUGCAAGAAAUGUAGAUUGAACAAGGAUGAUUUUCUUUUUUUAAGGUUGGAUUUUUAAGAUCAUGCAUGAUAUCUUAUUUAACUUCAGUCUGGUGAUAACCAAUUGUAAAAUUGGUUAAAAAUCAUAUUGUUAAAGUGUUUUAGAGGUUACAUUUUAAACCUCAUUGGAAACACAAUAUCUUAUGCUAAGAACGGUGUUAAAUGCAUGUGAUUUUUAUAUUUUACAUGGUCGUGACCUUCGGUUCGAACAGUUCCUUUGAGAACGGUGAUGUGCCUCUGACUGGUUUUAAACUUUCUACAAUUACUGAUGUAAUUAAUAAGCUAAUUUUCUGUUACACAAAUGAAUGUUUAAAUUCUGCUCUGUGAGAUUUGCUUUAAUGUAGCUGGUGGUUUUCUGUUAUUUUGGGAAAUCACACUAGUUUUAACCCUUGUGAUGAGUCUAAAUAAACUUCUUACGUGAGUCAA